AUGGCGAAAUCUAUUUGGCUACGUGCCACUAGACAAUCCGGAUGGUGCCGAUGUAUCAUUUGCCGAGACAGAAUGCUGGAUAGCCCGGAUCCUCUUCACUUUUCUGAAGACGCUCAAAAGUUUCAAAAACGACUACGGAAGAAGUCCAAAGCAGUUAAAAAAGGAACAUAUUUCGCAAAUAAGAAUGAACUGCAUGGACUACAAAAUGGGAGAGCCUUCAAAGAACCUACAUGGAAGACUGAUAAACCAGAAAGUAAUAAUGCCAAGUCCCAUUCUGCGCCACCCGUUAGCAGUAUACCAAAGACAACAUGCAAUAGAGAUGCUGGAGCCGAUGUGACUGCAACUCCCACAGCUAAGACAAGCAACCUCUCAUCAAGAUUGGACAGCAUUAAGGCAGAAAACAGCGACACCGAUGAGACAUCCAACACGCUUGUAGAUGAAAAGAAGCUCGAUUCAAGCCCUUCAAUAGGAGAGGACAGUGUAGUAGAGUUUAUCGACUGCACCAAAAACCAGAUUACUUCGGGAAUUUAUGAUAAGAGAAGAAAAGGAGGUGGCAGGCGAAUACUGAGUAGCUUGCAAACGAUUCUGGAAAACAGCUCCUCAAGCACUCUGGACUCCUCCAUACUCAAAGGUAACCCAAAUGACGAGCUUUGGAAAGAUGAUGAGCUUGACCUCUAUAGAAUGCAUUCGUUUCAAAAUCUUCAUCAAUUGGCACCACCUUUCUAUCACGACAGUGAAAGCAUGGACAGCUAUGGCACCAUAACCAGCCAAGAACUAUUGGAAGCAUUCGAAAAAGGAGCUGAGGACAACAUGAACACUCCUCUCUACUGCCCUAAAGAUAAUCGACAUGCAAGUGAAGAUGGAAACUAUACUUACACUGAUCUAGUCUACGUUUCAACGCCACAAAAAAUAUAA